AUACAUACAAUUCUCAUUGUUGUUUCCAUAAUAACAACUAAACCUACUACUCCACGAUUAGUGAGAGCAAAGCUUUUUAUGUUUUUCGGAUUUGCAUUGAGAUAUUACCAUAUAAUAUCGCGGAAAAGGAAAAAAUGGAGGCACCCAUUAUGUUACCCCUUGAAAGGACUUCGUCAAUUGAAAGAGAGCCCAGAACUCUUAAUAUCAACCAAAUCCAAUCCGCUAGGGAGUUAGCAAUAUAUAUAUUGAACACAAAGACCAUAGAAGAAGCGUCCAGAAUUUUCACGGAGGGGUUGCAGCCAGUGGUUAGUGCUGCUUGCUGCAUGAGAUCCGGCACAACAAUGGACAUGGAUUUGGGUGAAGAACUUGAAGUGUUGAACUCCAAAGACGCAACAACACAAGUAGCCCCAGCAGCAGCAUUCAGAGACAUAGCAUCUGCACCUUUCUAGAACAAUUUGAACAACUCAAUUGACUUGAGUUCUUCAUGAUGUUGUGCAAUAAUUGUAGAAUAUACUCCACUUAUUAGUUAGUUUGUACAUAUCGUUUGCCAUACACGUUGAAAUUUUGGGUUCUUAAGUAUAUUUCACAUGAUUCGUUAUCCCCUAUUUUGGGUGCUUUUCCAA